AAUCGCCAAGUUGUUCCUGGAACGUCAUCAGGUAUCUGGUGACUGAAGAUUACGCGUGAAGUUAGUAGCCAGGUGCUAGCCGCGACAAAAACAACACACAGAUGUAACGCCUGGAGACGUAUUAGCGUUAAACGUGAUUCCUGUUACAAUGAACCUCAGCUCUGUCAGAGUCUAUGGAGUUGUCACGAGUCAAGGCAGCAGAGAGUGAUCUGCUUACGCUGUGAAUAUAAGCCGUUCUGCUUUCCGAGGACCCUACAGUGUCUCGUUGACAGUUGGGGAGACGUUUAAAUCAUUGCUUUACACACAUACAGCUAUACGCUACAUCUACACUACAGAGAUGUUCGCAAAGUUGAAGAAGAAGCUGGCGGAGGAGGCCGCCACUGCCCCUCGAUCAGGCCGCAUCCCUCGCUCCAUGAGCAAAGAGUCCAUCACUUCUGUGGGCGCAGAUUCUGGCGAUGACUUUACUUCUGAUGGCAGCAGCUCCAGAGAUGAUGUUUCUUCUCAGAUUCAGCGCAGAAACGAUCAGAUACGAAAGCUGGAGGCCAAACUCUCAGACUACGCUGAGCAGCUUCGGCUAAUGCAGAAGACCAAGGAGAAGCUUGAGAUUGCAUUAGAGAAGUAUCAGGAUUCAUCCAUGCGCAAACUUCAGGACCAGAAUGAAGCUUUCCAGACCAACCGAGCCAAGAUGGCAGAAGGCAUGGCCUUAGCAUUAGAGAAGAAGGACCAGGAGUGGAUAGAAAAGCUAGCUACUCUGGAGCAGGAGAAGUUGUCACUGGCAGCUCGGCUAGAUGAGAUGACGGAGCAGAGUUUAAGUCUGUUCCAGAAGAGAGAUGACCUGGAUGAGCUGGAGGGCUUUCAGCAGCAGGAACUGGCCAAAGUCAAACACAUGCUGCUGAGGCGAGAGGAACAGCUAAGUCAGCGGGAGAAAGAGCUCAGACUGAGAGGAGAGGAGCUGAACACAGCAAGACUAACCCUGAGCCAAACCCAAGACAAGCUGUAUGAGUUGGGAGAGGAACACGAGGAGAUGUGCAGGGUCAACUCACAGCUACAGGCCCAGAGGGAUGAGUUGUUGAGUGAGAGAACAGAGGCUGGGAGGAAGGUUGUGGCUCUGGAGAAGAGAGAGCAGGAGUUACAGCAGCUGAUCCAGCAGGUGUCAGAGGACUUCCAGAAGGCACAAAACAAUGCAAAGGCACUAGAGAAAUCAAUGGAGCAGCUCCAGUCUGAACACAAUAAGCUGAAGCUACAGCACGAGCAGCACAAGAACAAGGUUGCAGUGACCGAGGAGGAGAGAGAGCAUCUAUUAGCUGAUCUGCAGGAGAAGGCCACCUCCUUAGAGAGGAGACUAGAUGCAAACCUCUCUCAGGAUGAGCACCUACAGGAACUACUCAAGGAGAAGUCUUCAUUACAGCAGAGGUUAGAGGAGGCCAGAGGAGAGUUACUGCAGGAGAGAACAAAUCACACCACUGCGGUCAGUUCACUGGAGGCCCAGAUCUCUCGGCAGAACGCCAACAUCACAGAUCUGCAGACUCUGGUCAAGCACAAAGACGAUUCGUCCAAAGCUUACAGAGAGAGGACAGACACACAGAUAUCAGAUCUGGAGCAGAGGUUGGCUGACUGCACUGAGACGAUGAAGAGUCUGCAACAGCAACUUGAAGACAGUGAAACACAUGCAGAAAAGCUGCAGGCAGAGUGGGCAGGGGAGAGAGAGAGACUACAGCAGCAGGUCUCGACACAGAGACAGAGAGGCUUGGAGAAAACAGCCAGGCUGGAGGAGGAACUUCUUGCACUACAGAGAGAGAGAGAAACAGAGGCAAGCAAGCAUCAGGACAACCUGCGGUUACUGGAGGAAGAAAAAGCCUCACUGUUGAAGAGCAAAGCUGAGGUGUACAGCACUGUAGAGAGACUGACAGCAGAACUAGAGCAGUCCAGAGCGGAGUUGAUCAGCAGACAGACGAUAAGCGUUGAAAUUGCCAAAGCUCUGGAGGAAACCAGAAAACAGAGAGAAGAACUCCAACAACAGGUCAGCAAAAUGGCAGCGUUUCUUGAAAAGGCGAAAAAUGAAGUGAGUCGUCUUUCUCAGAAUUUAGGAGCAAAGGAGGAAGAAUUAAACACGCUGAAGGAAGAGCUGCAGGCGGCCCGUAGCAGUCUGUCUUCUCUCCAGGCUGAGUGCGAGUCUCGUCGUUUAGAGGCUGAGGAGCGAGAGAGAGAACACAACUCUCAGCUGACGUCACUACAGCAGGAAAUCCUCACAAAAGCACAACAACUCUCUACUUACCAGUCACGGGUGUCUGAUCUUGAGGGUGAGCUGUUGAGUUUAACAGCACAGUCACAUGAUGAGUGUGAUGGUGAGCAGAACGGGACGGUUACUGCAAGUGAUCUUGACCAGUUACAAAAUGUCAAUAAAGACCUGGAGCAACAGCUAGCCGAAAAGAACAAGACAAUAAAGCAGCUACAGCAGAGGCUUGCAGAACUGAAGAGGACAUUACAGAAAGAGCUGAAACUGAAGCCAGAUCCUGACGUUGAGACGAAGGAGAGACUCCAGGAAAGCAGGCAGGAGAAAUCAACCGAUAAGACAAACUCAGAGACACCGAUGCCCGCCACAGCUCCAACCUCAGCUUCAGGACUCCCUCACACUUCAGGCCCACCUCCCAUCACCUCCAACACCACAGUCACCAACAGUUCAGACCUCACCGACACAAGAGAGAUCAACUUUGAGUACCUCAAACACGUGGUGCUGAAGUUCAUGUCAUCCAGAGAGGCAGAGGCUUUCCAGCUCAUCAGAGCCAUUUCUGUACUUCUGCAUUUCACAAAAGAAGAGGAGGACAUGCUCAAACAGACACUGGAGUACAAGGUGUGUGAGAAAAACUAAUCUAUGUGUAUAAAUCUGGAGGACAACAUGUGGAAAGGUCAGCGUGCGUUCUUCUCAAGCCUCAUCACACCCAGCAGCGCUCUCCUCCGCACCCGGGAGCUAACUAGGCCACUCUGCUAAGGCAGCUAACAAUGUGGGUCAGGAUAUCUGGCUCACCGCUCUGAAUCAAACCUAUAGCACUCAGUGACACGGUCAGGAAAAGCAGCUGCCAGGUAUUUAUAGCUCACCCUAGCAACUGUG